GGUUGAAGUGAGCAUUUACGGGAGUAGCUAUGAGGUGAGGCGGUCAAAGGUAGACGAAUGCUGCCAGUACGCUGCAGGAAUGUCUAAGUGGCUGAAUGAUGAUGAAGUUUUGGUGGGUCAAGGCAGUGGGGAGGCAGUACCAGUGAGUCCCAGACUACGGAGCCUAUCAGCUGGGAGUCCCAGGCUGGGCCGGGGACGUAGCCCAUUGGCCUCACCCCGCACCAAGGAGGCAGCACCUUUAAGCCUGCAGGAAGAGACCAUGGGCAAGGCCAAAGAACUGUUUGUCCUGUGUGACAAAGAAGGGAAAGGGUUCAUCACAAAACAAGACAUGCAGAGGCUUCAGGAGGAGUUGCCGCUCUCUCCUGAACAGCUCGAGACAGUGUUUGAAAGUCUGGACCGAGAGAGCAAUGGAUUCCUCACUCCUGCUGAGUUCAACACGGGGCUUGGUGACCUGAUGGGGCUUGAGGAGACGACUGAGCUGAGUCUGGAUGAAGCGGAGGAAGACGAGGACGAGAUGGACUGGUCACAGGACCCCACUGCAGUCAGAUUUCUCAACAUACUAAAAGAGCUUGGAGCUGACAAACUUUUCAAAGACCAGCAGGAGCUCUGCUUUCUGUGGCGUGAGCUUCAGACAGACAGACCAGAGCUGCUGAGUACCCUGGAGGGCGUCUUGGGCCAUGCAGUGUCCCAUCUACAGGACACCAUCCGAGAAAGAGACAGUCUGGAACAAGCUCUACGCAGACGGGAGAGUGAACAUGACCAAAUGGUCCGGUCUAUAUAUGAAGAAAUGGAAAACCAAAUCAGAGAGGAGAGGGAGAAAUGGUUGGCUCAGGAAAGCCUCAAAGAGAAACAGAGGGGGCAACAACUUGAGAAGGAGUUGAGGAUGCGAGAGCAAGAGAUGGAGAAUACACUGAUCAAACAGAAAGAGCUUGAAACCAGAGUCCGACAGAUGAGCCGUGAGCGAGUGAACAUCAGCGAGCAGAACCAGCAGCUGCGGAGUCUCAACACACAAUUACAGGAGCAGGUGGAGAGCAGCAGGGAGCAGCUGCAGGCCGCUCUGAGUCAACUCAGCAUGCUGCAUAACAACGCUGCUCAGGAACAAGUGGCCAGACAAAGAAAUGUGAUGAAGGUGUCAAGAAACAUGAAAAAAGAGAAGGACAGUCUCUUGAAACAACUGGAGAUAUUAAGGGAUAUGAACAGAAUGCUGCGAGAUGAGAGGGAUGCCCGACAGUCACAGCAGAGGAAUCCAAAUGUCAAAAAGCCUUUGCUGAAGAAAGGCUCAAUCAUAGGUAACUACCUACUUCAAGAAAAGCCAGUGAAGAGACAGCUGAGCUCCUCUGAUGAGUUGAAGCUGGAGAAAAAGAAAGAGGUGACAUUUUCAUCCAAGACACAUCAACCGUCAUGUAGAGUCAGGGGUGAAAAUAUUCAGCAGAAACAAACUCAGAGUCAAUUUCUCAGUCCUCAGCAAGUGUUCAAAGUGGUAUUUCUGGGUAACUCAGGAGUAGGUAAGAGUUCCUUCAUCCAGCACUGCUGCACAGGACACUUCAACAAGCAAAUGAUUUCUUCUGUUGGUAUAGAUUUCCAGAUGAAGACUUUAACACUAAGCUCCACCACUAUCACCCUGCAGCUCUGGGACACUGCAGGGCAGGAGAGGUUUCGCAGCAUCACAGAGCAAUACUAUCGAAAGGCUGAUGGCAUCCUCACCAUGUAUGACAUAACUGACUCUGCCUCCUUCACUGCAGUGAGAGGAUGGAUGGACUCUGUUAAGGAGAAGAUGUGUGAAGGUACUGUACUGAUGCUGCUAGGGAACAAACUGGAUUUGGCAAACAGUCACAGCAGAAAAGUGCCAACAACAGAGGGUCAGAAGCUGGCAGAGCAGUACCAGGCUUUGUUUCACGAGUGUAGUGCCAAGACUGGACAUAACAUGGAUGAGCUAAUGACUCACCUGGCUGGUGUGCUGAUUACCAGACAUGACCAGCAAUGUGAAGAAGCUGUUUUAUUGACUGAAGACACUCCAAGACAAAGUUGCUGUGCCUACAAUAAAAAUUCACCUUCAACAACGGUAACACAGUGACACUGGGGUUAGUGGGAUCUGUGAAGACAUUACCCCAGUAAUCACCAUCCAUCUGAGGUUCACCAUCUAAAAUCAG